UCCCCGCCCACCGCUGCUCUCUGCCUGCCUGCCUGCCUGCCUGCUCGCCUGCCCGACUGACUGCCUUGCUGCUGGGCGGACUGGGGAGAGAUCCGAGCCGACCAGUUCCGUGUUCUCUCCUCUCCCAGUGCACCCGGACCGGAGUGAGAACAGGAGAACCAGUGGGCUGUGUCAUGGUGGACAUUCCUGGCCGGCCGCCGCAUCCAUAACUCCAGAGGCAAAGUGUGUGCGGAGGUAACUUGAGUUUGAGGUUAAAAGGUCCUCAGACAAUCCCAUGUCACCAUGUGCCACUAGAAGAUCGAAGACGUCAACAGCAGCAGCACCAUAAUGAUGAAUGAACUGACUGGGAUGAGGCUGACUACGGAGAAGUCUUUGGCCUCACUGUCGUCAGCUGACCUCUGACCCCUCAUGGAUUAAAAAUGGCACUUUGGCUGAGACAGUGCGGGAAGCGUGACAUCUUACCCUCCUGGAAUUCUGGGAAUUUAACAAACGUGAUUGUUUGAAACAGGAUUGCACGGACUGUACAAACCUGCUGUUUUUUUUUAUUUUUAUUUCAAUGGGACUAACAUGGCUCAGUGAAGAUGGACUAAGAUCCGUGUGGGAGAUGUUUCUAAAGAAAAACUGAUUACAAAAUAGAAAUUGGGUCAAGGAUGGAGCAGGAUUUCACACAGUAGGCUCUCUCAUUUCUCUCAUUAAUUGUGGAUAGUGAACUUUUGUAUGCACUAUCCUGGACUAACAUUAGCCAGUGUUGGUGAAGAUACUUAACCUUGACACCCAAUAUUCGCCUGUAACUGUAACCCUAUCCAUUCCGUAUUGUUGUAAAUGGACGUCUGAUUCUUCUAAAGCUAGAAGGUGACCUUUCCCUUCAGCUUUAUAUUAUAACUCUGACUCCUGGUCAGUAUCUUGCUGUAGCGUUGCAAAAAAAAAAAAAAAAAAAGACUCCAAACAUGGCUGCUACAGGAAAGAAGCACCUGGUGAAGGACUUUAACCAUUUCAUCACCUGUUACCUGUGUCGAGGUUACCUGAUAAAACCGACCACGGUCACCGAGUGCCUGCACACCUUCUGUAAGAGCUGUAUUGUGCAGCACUUUGAGGACAGUAAUGACUGUCCUAAAUGUGGCAUUCAGGUCCAUGAGACCAACCCACUAGAGAUGCUCCGGUUGGACAACACCCUGGAGGAGAUCAUUUUCAAGCUGGUGCCUGGACUAAGAGAAAAAGAGGAACAGCAGGAAGUGGAAUUCUGGAAGAGGAACCAACCCAGAGAAAAUGGCCAAGCAGAAAGUGUGAGGUGUCAGCGGAUUGGGCUGCCUGAUGUUGGAGGCGAUUAUGGUGGUGGUGGUGGUGAAGGGGGUGAUGAUGAUGAUGACGAUGCCGGCGAUGAAGAUUACCACCGGAGUGACCCUCAGAUAGCCAUCUGUCUGGACUGCCUACGCAACACGGGACAGUCGGGGGAGAGCACCGUCACGGAUUUGAUGAAGAGGUUCAUCCGCUGCUCCAGUAGAGUCACAGUGGGAACAAUUAAGAAGUUUCUCAGUCUUAAACUAAAGCUGCCUAGCUCUUACGAGCUGGAUGUGCUGUGUAACGGAGAGAUCAUGGGAAGAGAUCACACUCUGGAGUUCAUCUACAUGACCCGAUGGAGGCUUCAUGGAGAGAAUACGUAUCCCAUGGUUCUUGAGUACCGCCCACGAAUUGACUUUGGCUGAACCACAGCUGCAAGAAGAGGACCACACACACACACACACACACACACACACACACACACACACACACACACACACACACACACACACACACACACACACACAUAUACGCACACAGGCAUAUGCAGACAUACAUAACUACUAUAGAAAACAUUCGGAACACCUACAUUUGCACGAACAUAAAUACAAACAUGUCCACAAUGUGCAGAAAAAGAGAGAUUUAAAUGUAUUUUUGUACAGCCAAUGAUGAAUUGGAUACGUUGUCAUGGUUAAGAGGUUUUAUGCUACAUAGAAUAAUAUAUGCUAUAAUAUAUGAUAUUUUUAAAUGUUUGUCCCUGUGCCUAAAAACCUGUUGAGAUCAAAUGAAGUAUGACCAUAUCUUCACUUUGCCUGUCUAACUCUGUAGAUUAAAUGUUGAUUUUCUACUGUU